UAUGGUGUGACACCUCACUGACACUGCACCAGAGCCUCACCCCUGCAGGAUAUUCACUUUCAUCGGGGGCCACCAGCCUGACGGCGGCACUGGAGGUAUUAGGAGCUUGGAGUUUGACUCAGACCCAGAGGGAAAGGACACUGACAAGACCGACAUCAUGUUCAAAAGUUCCUCUUUGCUCCUGCUGAUCCUUCUCCUGAAUGUUCAGCUGUACUCACCAGCACCAAUACCUGCUGAAGUUGCUCAGUCUCCUGCUGCUGCUGAACAACCAGGUCCAGAGGAAAUCACACCUGUAGAGGAGGAACAACCAGUUCAGGAGAAACACAUUCCAGCUGCUGAAGGGGAAGAAGCUCCGUCUCCUGAGGAACCGCCGGCUGAGGAAGUAAUUCCAGCUAUUGUAAAAGAACCAGAACCAGCCCCCGUUGGAGAUCCAGAUGAAGCUGCAUCUCAGUCUCAGUCAGACCCUCAAGCACCUCCAGCUGCACCUUCAGAGGAAUUUUCCGAGGAGGAAACUGUAGUAGCUGCCUCCGGAGAUGAAACAGUAGUGGUUGCUGCAGCAGAGCGUGAGUCUCCAGAACAUGAUGAUGUGGAGGAUCCAGCUCCAGAAGCACCAGUCCCUGUCAUUCCUGUAGAGGCUUCAGAAGAUCAAGCUACAGAGAACAAUGCAGAUGCAGAUGGACGUCCUCCCAGUACACCUGAAGAAGAGAUACCUGUUAUCCUCAUCCCUGUAGAACCUGAAACAGAAGAAGCAGACCAAACAGAACUUAGAGAAGAGGAAGCAGCACUAGAAGAUGCAGCCCCACAGGACCCUGUUGUUGUUGUUGAUCCUGUAGAACUUGAGACAGAAGGUGAAGAGCAGGAAGAAACGGCAGCGGAGUCAGUCCCAGAAGAACCUGCUGUCAUAGUACUUAUAGAACCUACUGAUGAGGAACCAGCUCCAGAGGAUGCAAUCCUCACAAUUCCUCUUGAAGAUCCAGAAGAAGAUGGUCCAGAGGAAAACACAGAAGAUGAUGAAGUUGUCCCAUCGGAUCCUUUUCCAGAAGAACCAGUCCUAGAAGAGGAAACAGCUUCUGAGGAAAGUGAAUCAGAAGAUCCAGUCAUACUUACAAUACCUGCCACAGAGUCCACAAAUGAGACUGUCACCAUAGAGAAUGUAUUGGACCAAGCUGAGGAAGCUGCAGCAGCUGCAGCAGAGAUUAUAACCGAGGCUCGGGCUGAACCUGUCACCACUCCUGCACCAGCUGUCACUGAUGGAGACGCUGAAACUGUUCCUGCUGCUGUGGAAGGCGGUAAUCACAGCCACAUUCGGCUGCGUGAAGAUGAUUUUAUAGCUGCAGUCACAGUGAUAGAAGAUGAGCCUGUAGUUCUUCUAAACAGAGGGGCGGUGCUCGGAGCAGCAUUCUUCACACUGAUGUCUUUUAUCGUUGUCGGAUUUAUUGGAAUGACUAUAUCAAAGAAACUACGGUGAAUACAUGACACUGAAGUAAAGGUGAAACAACUGUUUGGGGCCAUAUGGAGCAAGAGAAGCACUGACCAGAACAAGUUUUACGACAUUGAAUCUUGGCUGAAGGAAAGUCCCCUGAAGGUGAUUCUCACACAGCAGGUUCUCCAAGGUUUCUACAUCGCAAAAGUGCAUCUUUGCACCAAUAUCCAAAUGAAGCAAACAAGUAAUGUGUUUGUUAUCCACCUGAAUCAAUGCUGAAGGAGGUAAAGACUUAAGAUCUUAACAGUGCAUCAAUGUGAACAGAGUCUACUAACAGUACAAGGCCCAUAUUCACGUCACCAAAAUAAAUGGAUGGAAAUAUUAUCAGCAAAAUUUACUUUAACUAUCAAAGGUAAAAAUAUUCAUUCAUUCAGAAGAAUGAUUCAUGCAGUGAUGUUGAUUAAAGUGGAGCUAUUUUUAAUUUAAUCAUAAUGUAAAAGUAUAUGAUUUUAUAUACAGUUAGGUUGUGUAAACUCUAGCAAAACAGGAUACUUAACAGUGCAAUUAUAUGCUUUGUAUGAAAUCUUAAUUUAUAGAUGCAGUUGAGCCAAAAAAAAAAAUACUUGACAUAAAAUUUCCCUUUGAAAUGUGGUGUAAAGUUAUAAAAUGUGUACACAAGAAAGGGUUGAACGUUGGCUGACUAUUAUAAGUAGCACUGAGCUACACGAAAAGGAGAUCAAAUUUUGGUGUAAAACAUUUAAAUCUGUCCAUUUAAAGGGGACGUGUAUCUACAGGAAGACUAUAUGAAUAUUCUGAUUCAUCCGAGAGAUCGUGUUUUUAUUUUGAAAUUUAUAAACAAUGACAACUUUGCACUUGUGACUUGUUUGAUAUUGUUGGGAAAGCCUCAAACAUUGUUUAGCUGUAAAUCAUCAAAUGUACUUCACGCACAGAACAUACAGUUCCCUCGUGGAUGACACAUACUGUACACUGCAGCAGCCUACAUGUCUUAAAAAACAUGCAUGUCCUGCAUACUGUUGAAGAGCACGAGGGCCUAUCACUUUCCCUGCUCUGUCCUGCAGCAGGAGACACAGAGGUCUCCUAUUAAUCAUGCUCUGGCAUGCUGCAACACCAGCUACAUGUGCAUGGCUCAUCCUGCACACAGUAAAUAUUUUUAGGAUGGUGAAGGGGACACUGUGUUCCAAUUAAACGGUUCAAGCUGUGUUCCGCAUUAAAAUUGCAUAUCCCAUCAUAACUGUUGCCUGCUUUUAAUUGCACUUGUUUUCAGGAGCCUGUAUGAAAUAAAUGCUCAUUUAUAAGA